CCGUAAAAAAGCAAUCAAUUUGGCAGAAAUUAAGAAUUUCUAAAAACUUCUAAUUCAUUGAUAUGAAUAACACCACAAUAUCACUCCUUUCAAUUACCUUCUUCUUUCUCAUGCUAACAUCUUCUAAUUCAUCAUCAAACAUCAUAGCUGUGAAUAAAAACUUAUCAGAUGGUGAGACCAUUAUUUCAGGGGACGCAACAUUCGAGCUAGGCUUCUUUAGCCCAGGCAGUUCCCGAAACCGAUACCUGGGGAUAUGGUAUAAGAACACAACACCUUGUGUGGUUGUAUGGGUUGCUAACCGAGAAACUCCACUUAUCGAUACCUCAGGCAUAGUCAAAUUGGACAGCCAAGGGACCCUGUCUCUUGUCAAUGGUAGCGGUAUCACCAUCUGGUCAUCCAACUCCUCUACAACUGGUACAAGUGUCAAUCCCAUAGCACAACUCUUAGAUACGGGCAAUCUUGUAAUUAUGAAUGAAAAUCAAACCAACAAAAACCAUCUCAUCUGGCAAAGUUUUGAUUACCCUGGAGAUACUUACUUACCAGGAAUGAAGAUGGGGAAGAAUUUCAAAACACGGCGAGAGAUGUACUUGACAUCAUGGAGGAGCGCAGAUGAUCCUUCCCCAGGUGUGUAUACACUAAGGUUUUCUAUGGUUAAGGGUAAAUAUCAGCAACAAUAUAUUAGGAAAAACUCUGUUAUUCAAUCAAGGAUUGCGCCGAUUAAUGGCAUAACGUGGGCUGGCCGCCCAAACUAUAAGCCUAAUCCCUCUUAUAUAGCAAAGUAUGAUAUUAUUCUCAAUGAAGAUGAGAUGUAUUUUGUCUUUAGUUUUAAGAGCACCUUUUUGCUGAUAAAGUCAAUAAUAACUCCUGGUGGGAAGCAUGAGGUCUGGCAUCUAAAUAGGAAAACAGGGAAAUGGACGCAGGAUCUCUCUUUUCCCUCAGAUAAAUGCGAUGGUUACGGGGUUUGUGGCCCAUAUGGAAUCUGUAGUACUGACACUUAUAAUAUCUGUGGGUGCUUCAAAGGGUUUGAGCCAAAGAACCCACAAGAAAUGCCACAAGAUAACUGGAGUAGUGGUUGUAGACGAACUAGAUCUUUAGAUUGUUCGGUAGAAGAGGGAUUUCAAAAGUUCUCAAGCCUGAAAUUACCAGACACUCAGAAUGCUAUGUAUGAUAGUCACAUGAGCCUGCAUGAAUGUGAGGUAGCUUGCAAGAGUAACUGCUCAUGCACUGCCUACGCAAAUCCAAACAUGACUGAAGGUGCAGCUGGAUGCUUGUUAUGGUUUGGAGAUUUGAUUGACCUACGAGUAUACUCACAAAAUGGGCAAGAUCUUUAUGUUAGACUGGCAGCCUCCGAAUUAUUGGUUAAUUCGUCAACACCAGUUAAUGGUCGAUUUCGUUCGAGAUUUCCAAGAAAGAAACGAGUAAUUGUUAUAAUCACAAUCUCAACGGCAGCAGGGUUGGCUGUGAUAUUAGUACUCUGCACUUUGAGUAAGAGAAAGAGGAGACCAGACGUAGAACGCGAAGCAGUGAAGGUCCUUGAGACAGAACACAACAGUAGCAACAAGAAAGGAAAUAUAGAGCUCACAGUGUUUAGGUUAUCGACAAUUUCAAGGGCAACCAAUAAGUUUUCUAUUGAAAACAUACUUGGACAAGGUGGGUUUGGUCCGGUGUACAAGGGUGUGCUAGAAGAAGGACAGGAGAUUGCUGUGAAGAGGCUUUCAAAGUCAUCGAAACAAGGGCUAGAUGAAUUUGAGAAUGAAGUUAUAUGCAUAGCCAAACUUCAGCAUAGGAAUCUUGUGAAACUCUUAGGAUACUGCAUUAAAGGAGAGGAGACAUUGCUGGUUUAUGAAUACAUGCCUAACAAAAGCCUGGACUGGUUUAUAUUUGAUGAUUUAAGGAAGUCAUUACUUGAUUGGCCACAACGUUUCCACAUUAUUCAGGGGAUUGCUCGAGGUCUUCUUUAUCUUCAUCAAGAUUCCCGACUUAGAGUUGUGCAUAGGGAUUUAAAAGCAAGCAACAUUUUGCUCGAUCAUGAGAUGAAUCCAAAAAUAUCAGAUUUUGGUUUGGCUAGAAUGUUGGAAGGAAAGGAGAGUGAAGCAAAAACAAAGAAAGUGGUGGGAACUUUGGGCUACAUAUCUCCAGAGUAUGCAGGAAAAGGUCUGUUCUCAGUGAAAUCGGAUAUUUUUAGCUAUGGCGUUUUGGUGUUGGAAACAGUGAGCGGAAAGAAAAAUAGGGUUUUCGCUCAUGAAGACCACUGUGAGGAUAACCUUCUUGGACAUGCUUGGAGACUUUACAGAGAAGGAAAGUCUAUUGAACUAGUUGAUGCAUCAUUAGGUGAAUCAUGGUCUACACAUGAAGUGUUACGAUCAAUACACAUUGGUUUAUUAUGUGUGCAACAACAAGUGGAAGAUAGACCUACCACAGCGGUUGUGGUUGCCAUGUUAUCUGGUGAAGGAUCACUGCCUCCGCCCAAAAAACCUGCUUUCUUCGUUCAAGAAAGUGUAAGUGAUUUGGUUUCAGUUUGCCCAUCAUCAAUUAAUGGGGUGACGCUAAGCCAAGUUGAUGGCAGAUGAUGAGGUGACAUGGAAGACAUAACUUUUAGGCCAAUGAGAAAAUGAUUUCAGUUAGAAAUAUAUCCUAACAGCAACCUCCAUAGAAUCAAGGGACUUGCAUUUUCAAGUUGUAUUGUAAACUGUACUUUGGUUGGAGAUCUGUCAAAUCAUGUUUCAGGCUGUCUUUGCAUGUGCAUUCAUUAUGAACACUGUAAUAUGUUUUGGACUGCACUCUACUUAUCAAUUGCCUUGACUUAAGAA